UGAGGAUCGUGCUAAGGGGGAGGGAGCUCUGGCAACCCCAGGAGAUUUUGACGUCAGCGUCGCUGCCGGCGAACUUCCCGGCGCGGCGAGGGUGAACAAGACAGAUGGAGAGAAUCAACACGCUUCAUCAUUAAUCAAAUUUGGAUCUAUUAUCGUUGAAAUCCCUAGCAAUCAACAACAACCGCAUAAACUACAACGACGAGAACCAAACUUCGUGGCAUCUGCUUCCCUAAGAGAACCGGGCAAUCCGCGACAAGGACAGGGCUAUACCAGAAGCUGCGAUGGGAUCUCAGCGACUCAGACUGCUCGCAAUUGCACGGAUACUCGCACCAAGCACCAAACAGCGACAACACCUCCCUCAGAAUCCCAGGCAGCGACCAAGCUUCGAGUGCCGACCCAACGAGCGGCGAACUGGAAGCAAGAGGCAACCCAGGUUCGAGGGACAAUCAAUCCAACUCGCAGAGGAGGGAGGUCACCCCGUGUUCUUCACCACCGUUGGCAGCAAGUUGGUUGCAAGCAAAUUCCAGGUACACGAUGGGCUCAUUCUCCAUGGCAGGGCAAUCUGGUUUUGGGGAAGAAGCUUAUCCAAAGUCAGUCUCUACAUGGACGGGAGAAAUAUCCUGGGGUCAAAAGAAAGCCAGUCAAUUUUCUACACCAUCCAAACGAGUUUGAAAUUUUUAUUGAGAGCAAAUCCUUUCAUUUCUCUAUUUUUGAUGGUAAUUCUAUUCGCAUCUCUGAAUCAAAGUGUGAUAUUUCAACCGAAAUUGAUUUCGAUCUCAAAAGGAUUAUUUGGAUAAAGGAUUCUAUUGUGAAGCUUUUAUCUGAUAAUUGGUCAUGUUCUAAGCUUGAAUUGAAAAAUUCACUUCUAAUCCUUCAUGACUCUAAUUUUUUGGCGGUUUCUUCCGCAUCAUCAAGAAGGGAUGUGAUUCUUUAUUUAUACCAGAAGGUUGGAAUGGAAAGGGGAUUAAAUGCUUUCUGUCAGGAAUAACACGAGCAAUUAAAUUGAUGCGGGAAUUUGCUGAUAAUCAGACAACUGAUAAGAUAAAACAAGACUCAAGCAGAGCUUCUUGGGGUGUGGUGGACUUCGAGUAGGAUCUCUAUAUGAAUAGAGAUGAAUCCAAUCAAAACGAUUUCUCUAUUUCUCGACCUUUGUUUGAAGUUGAUAUUGAGCAAUCUGCCUUUUGUGAGAAACACCUAAUGUUAAAAUCUGUUGAGGAACAAUUUGGUUCUCAACUAUCAUCAGACUCUUCCGUUGCAAACAUUAGGGAUUUUUUUCAGACAAUUAUGACUACUGGGGUUGACUCAUUGUCUCACUUUCUAAUCAAAGAAUUUGAAAGAAUUGCUACCUCAUGUUUGGAAAAUCGCGACUAUUUGGAUAAGAGACUAGGUGAAGGGGCUAAAGAAUGUGCUUGUCAAGUGGUAAAUCCUGCGACAGAGACAAUUACAAGUAAUCAGUGCUCUCUAGGUUCUGAUUGGGAUGAUGCUUCUGUUGAGAAACUUGUAUAUUCAGGGGAUGAGUUUCUUGGUCAUGCUUGAGAAAACGAGAAGCGGACUCCUAUUUCAGCGAUAGAGGAUCUAUGGGAUUCAGACACAAAUCAAGACAUUUGUAACAAGGCUUGCUUGGUCAUGAAAGAAAAUUGUUUGCCCACGCAGAACCUUAACACUCAAAUGAAAAUAUACAGAAAAAGACACCAACGAUCGCAUCCCAUGAGGACAAGAUCCCAAUCUCAUGUGGGUUUUUGAUAGCUUCAUGGAACUUGGUGGUUUUAUAGGGAGGGUUCUCACUUGUUCUUCGGGUUGAGCUCUAUUUUACUUGUUUGUCUACUUUGUUUCUUAAUCUUUUUUGUAUUCUUUUUUUUUUGUCCUUGUACUUUCAUUUUCAUUAUCUUUAAUAAAAUAUCUUUGUUAAAAAAAAAACUUAAAGGACGGGACCCUCCCACAAGACAAAAAUUCA